CUCUCAAACAUCAAAACACGGUUUUACACUGUAAAUUAAUUAAUAAUUAUUUGGGCGGUUUCUAAUCGAACCGGGUGGUGAGCCAUCCCAGUCUGAACCGGAGGCGGAGAUGGAUCGAACCGUUCCCCAGCGUCCCUUAAUUUCGGACCGGGUCACCGUGAACGGCAUCGUUACGCCGCUCGCUCUUCUCGCUGACGGCCGUCUAUGGUGGUCGGAGGGAAUCCAACGGUGUUUGUCCGUCGAGAAGGAGGUCCUCGGGUUCGAAACCAGAGGCCCUUACAUCAAGAUCAAGACAAUUGUGGAGACCCGAGACGGUUGCUGCACCACCGGUUCCUCUGGCAGACUCGUUAGAAACGACAUCGUUUUCAAGCCCUCCUCCGAGGAAUCGCACGGCUUCUGGUGCCAAAAGCUUUGUGAAUACAUUGAUUCUCUCGGUCGCCCUAAGAGGUUGUUUGUUUUCGUUAAUCCGUUCGGUGGGAAGAAAUCUGCUGCGAAAGUUUUCUUCGAUCAAGUCAAACCUCUGCUUGAAGAUGCUCAAAUCCAAAUUACGGUCCAAGACACCAAGCAUCAGCUCCAUGCAAAGGAAGUUGCUUAUUCGAUGGAUAUUACCAAGUACGAUGGGAUUGUUUGUGUCAGUGGAGAUGGAAUUUUGGUUGAGGUUGUAAAUGGACUUCUUCAAAGAGAGGAUUGGGAUACAGCAAUAAAGAUGCCCAUUGGGGUAGUUCCUGCAGGUACGGGAAAUGGCAUGGCAAAAUCUCUUCUAGAUUCAGUUGGUGAUCCAUGUGCAGUACCUAAUGCUGUUCUUGCCAUUAUACGAGGCCAUAAACGAUCACUUGAUGUGGCUACCAUCAGACAAGGGGAAACCAAGUUUUUCAGUAUAUUGAUGCUUGCAUGGGGUCUGGUGGCAGAUAUUGACAUUGAGUCUGAAAAGUAUCGAUGUUUGGGUAGUGCUCGUCUAGAUUUUUAUGCUCUCUGUCGAUUCUUCAAUUUGAGGCAAUACAUUGGAUGUGUUUCUUUUGUGCCUGCACCUGGGUAUGAAGUUUUCGGGGAGCCCUCAAGCUACCCUGGGAAAAGCAGCAACAAUGAUCCAAGUGAAGCAGAAAGUGUUAAUAUACAAAGGAGUUGUUAUCAAGGACCUGAAAUAAACUUGGAAAAUCUGAAUUGGAGAGUUAUAAAUGGACCCUUUAUUUCUGUCUGGCUUCACAAUGUACCUUGGGGUGCUGAAGACACAAUGGCAGCACCUGAUGCAAAGUUCUCUGAUGGUUAUCUGGACUUGAUCAUUAUGAAGAAUUGUCCAAAGUUACCAUUGCUGUCAAUUAUGUCAGAGUUAAAUACGGGAGGACAUGUAAAAUCUCCAUACGUCACAUACCUAAAGGUGAAAGCUUUCAGUUUGCAACCUGGUCCACGCACCAAGGACCAAGAGAAGGAAGGGAUCAUAGAUUCAGAUGGUGAGGUUCUAGCAAGGGGGAAAGGAACUUACAAGUGUGAGCAGAAGGCUUUGAUGAACUAUGAUAAAUUACAGAUAACAGUGGAUCAAGGUUUAGCUUCACUUUUUACCCCAAUAUAAUACUCAUGGUUUAAUUUUUGUCCUCUGCCCAUUCCGUUGCGUGCAUAUUUUUUAUAGUUACACACAUGUUGGUAUAAACAUAACCUUCAUGAAUUAUUUAUCCUGUACAGCAACACAUUUAUUGGAAUGAGUAUAGUUUUUUUUUUU